GCAGUACUGUGCACAGGACUCGCCGCUCGGCAACUUGAACUUGAAGUUGAAAGCGCAAAUUGAAAGCGCGGAGUUGGCCGCAACAAAUAAGAGGCGAGUCCGGCUGGUGCCAGUGGUGGUAGGGACGGUGGCAGUGGGGAUCAGUUGGUGGUGCAGAACCGAGGCGUGAAGGCUUUGUGUAUCUUCUGUCCGGAAGCAGUGGGUGGUCGCCAAUUUGCUGAUCUGUCUGUUGGCCAAAGGGAGGGCAACAUAUGCUUGUUAAAUCGUAGCGCACUCUCUGAAAUCAAGAGGGCGGAAUGCGUGAGAGUGCUUUGAGGUAUCAAAAACUCAACAUUACUCCUCAAGGAUUUGAGGAUUUGAGUUCCUGUCUUCCGCUUGCGGUCUGCUCCACAUCCUGUUACAAGUAGACAGAGGUGGUACUUAAUGAGUCAGCACUCAGGGAUCCCUCCGCUUGCGGCCAUGGAUUGGAGGAGGAACAGCGGGUUGGGAAACCUCCGAGUCCUGACAGAUGACAUCAUCUGCCGCAUACUGGGCGGGCUACACAUGCAAGAGGUGGAAAGGCUGGCGUGUGUGAGCAGUGUGUUUUACAUAUUCUGCAACGACGAGCCUCUGUGGAUGCGGUUGUGCCUGGGCACUCCCUCUGACAAGCCGAUGGUGUACCAUGGGACUUGGAAGCAGACUGCGCUCGCAAGGCGAGCCGAGGAGAUGAAGAUUGCACUGCCAAGCCCACACCCUCUGCGAAGGUUCGAAGGGUUUUCCUCGCUGCACCUGUACCGCCAGUGGUACCGCUGCCACAUCGACCUGCACACCUUCUCCUUUGACACCGGCCACGUCGAGCGACGGGGCAACAUCUCGCAACAGGAGUUUGCUGCGGAGUUUGACGGAAAGAAGCCGGUUCUUCUGACGGACAUUGUGGGGCGUUGGCCAGCCAGCCAGGAGUGGACCCUGCCUAAGUUGGUGGACCGAUUCGGGGACGCCAAGUUCAAAGUCUCGCAAGCGCACGGGAAAGCGGUCAAGAUGACGCUGCGCGACUACGCAGCUUACACACGCGUCCAGCAUGACGAAGAACCCCUGUACAUUUUCGACCCCACAUACGGCGAGACGGCCCCCCCCCUCCUGAGCGACUACUCCGUUCCCCCCCUUUUCGGGGACGAUUUUCUAGAGCUUCUCGAGGGGGAGUUGAAGCCCCCCUUCCGGUGGCUGGUUCUGGGACCCCCCCGGUCCGGGGCGGCCUGGCACGUGGACCCAAAUCUGACGAGCGCCUGGAACGCGCUUGUGAGGGGGAAGAAACGCUGGGCGUUGUACCCCCCCGGAAGAGUGCCGCCUGGCGUGACGCUCAGGGUGAGCGAAGACGACGGCGAUCUAUCUUUCGACGGCCCCCCCAGUUUGCAGUGGUGGCUGGACGUAUAUCCCCACAUACCCCCGGAUGAGCGGCCCCUCGAGUGCACACAGCUCCCUGGAGAAACCAUAUUCGUUCCGGGGGGGUGGUGGCACUGCGUGCUCAACAUCGAGAACUCGAUCGCGGUUACGCACAACUUCCUGAACGAGGCCAACUUCGAGACGGUCUUCUCUGAUUUGGCCCCGGGUUUCGCCCACAGGGGCCUGUCCCGGGCCGGCCGCCUCGCCCAAAACCGCUCGGUUGAUGCAUCCCCCGAGCACUCGUCCCCCGCCGACAUUGCCUGGUCACACUUCACCGACCUAACAGAUGACUACGUCAACCGGCCGGCCCUUCGAGAGCUUCUCCGGAAGAUGUGGGCGGCUCGCCCUGACCUGCGAAGUCGGAUCUGGGACUGCGCCUGCAAAACCGUCGGCGCAGAGCACUGGCGGCAAGUGCUGGCGCUUGUGUGUGCGGCGCACGAGAAGCCCUCCCCCAGCAGAGGGGAGAGCCUCCCAGUGAGUGGGGGGAGGAAUGCGGUGUUCCGGGUUGGGGGGAGGGUGGUCAAGGUGUUUUUGGGGGGCGGUUUGGAAGAAGAUGAGGCGGGGGUGGUUCCUGAGGUGAGUGCGGGACAUGGGGACGAUGGGAAGAUCGAGCACGGAAAUGGGCAGUGUUUGCAAAACGGUAGAGCAUUGUCAAAUGGCGCGGGCGAUGUGCAAAGCAGGAGGGAUCACACUUGCCAAGCGCGGGAUGCAGAAGACGAGGACGAGGAGAACGGGGGAAGGGAGCAGGAGAGAAUGUUCCGGACCGAGUUGAUGAUGCACGAACUCAUUCGGACGGCCAAAAGCCCGCUGGUGCGGACGGUGCCCGCCCUUUUGGGUCACGGGGUAAUAAUCGAAGGAGAGGACGGGAGCCUGGCGCUGGAAGACAUGAAAUCCGGCGGAAAGAGUGCGACGGAACCGGGCCAUGCGAACGGAAAGGUUGUCAAGGUGGGACUACGGGGGCCGGCUGGGGGGUGUUUGGAGGAUGGAGCAGGAAUAGGAAACGGCGCAAACAGGGUGGAAGGAAAAACUAGAACGAGUGGAAAAGGCAGGGCGGGGGAAGUGGUUGAGGAACGGAAUGUCAACGGAACGGUGGAGGAGCCGUCCGGAACGGCUGACGUGAAGAGGAGGUGGAUGUACGUCAUUAUGGCGGAGUGCGAAGGGACGCUAUUCAGUGACGUAUACGACAAGAUGUCGAAAGGCGACCUUCUCGCGCUCGCCCGUUUCUUGGGCCGACAAGUCGGCUUCAUUCAAGCCCUCCCGCUUCCGCCAGACUGCGCAAAUGACGCCCACGAACCGGACCGUCAAGCCGGGCAGCCUCCACAAAAGCGCCGGAAAGUUUUCUCUGCCGCCGAGCCCAGUUUGAAAAACAGCCAUCAAGCUCCGGGCGAGGCCACUAAGUCAGACGGGCUCCUCGGAGAAGCGCAUGCACGGUCGGCAGUGACGUCAGCACCCCAGGCUCAAAAUAUGGUCGUCGGGAACUGCGCUUUGAGAUCGCAGCAGGGCAACGGCACAAGUUCAAAUGGUGUGCAUUCGGAGCCCCACGGAUCGAAUGGGGCAUCGGCAAGCACGAUUUCGAAGACCAGCAGUGCGCGUCCCCUAGAGACUGAAGUUCCCCUUGGAGCUGACUCUCACCCCGGAACCAAUUCACAUAUCGAAGCGGUUGCCAUCCCGGGAAACAAACCGAACCCGGGCGCCAAUUUACACCUAGAAGACGAGUCAACCACGGGGACCGAAUCACGCGGGGGGGUGGACUUGCCCUCGCUUGAGGCGCUGGGCGUCCCCCCCCGGUGGCGUCCUUUUGCCGCGUUUCUCCGGGCGCAGCGCAAGGAUCUGCCGGACCGGCUGAAGGACUUCGGGCUCCCCGACCGGUUGCUGACGUCAGCGGAGGGGUACGUACCGGAGGACCCGGUGGAGCUGCUCGAGUUCGACGGGGGGGACCCGGUGUGGCUGCACACGGACCUGCUGGUGGAUAAUAUUCUGAUGUCUAAGAGGAGGGGGGCCGAAAAUGAGGGAACGGAGGAGGGUGGAGAAGUUAAUCCAGCGAACGGGGGUUUUAAGGUGGCAGAAGGGGAAGCGAAGAGGUGUGACGACGAGGAGAAAGGUGUUGGUGGGCAACGUUUGAAUGGAGAGGUAUGUCGAAGCCCGGUGGAAAAGGAGGUGGGUGAGGGGGUGGUUCGGGAAAAGAGGGAAACAAAGGACACUGGCGGUCGGUAUGAGGCGGUGCAUAUUCUAGACUUCGCAGAUGCGCGAACGGGGGACCCCCUGUACGAGAUUGCAUCGCUGCACAUUGGAACUUUCCGGGGGAGCCCCGAGCUGCUGUCAGCAUUCCUUGGCGCUUCCCAACCCUCCACGAAUUCCGGAGAUAAGCGCUUGUCCCCAGAUGGCUCCCCUCCGAGCGGCGCUGCGCAGAAGUCCCCCCAACACGCACGCUCGUUCCGCGCCAUGUGUUUCGCCGUGCUUCACGAGAUAAAUUUGCUCAACCUGCUGUCUCGCCACCGCCAUGUGGCGCUAUCGGAGUCGCUUACAUGGGAACAGAUGAGCAGUAUGUUGUUCGGGGUGUUAGACAAGAACUGAUGAGAUGGCUCGAAAUGAGCUGUUUUUUUUGGGAGGCUGUCCCUGGAGAACAGGUUGCGCUUUUCUCCUGCAUAAAAGAGGGAGUUCUUUGAGUGCGAUGAAACCCGUUGGCUGCAGAUUUAAGUGGACUUUAUGCUCGAAGGCACCCGCAGCCGAGUUGCUUAUGAUAUGAGCGGGUACAUCAUUUGGCGUCGAAGUUUAGGCUUCUCUGUGGAUCUUGAAUGACAUCUUGCCCAUGGCGCCAAAGUGGCACUUUACCGGAGACGUGCUGUGGCUGACGUUUCUGCGAGACAUGUGCGUUCGUAGAGCUUGCGGCGAUUUAAUCAGGGCACUAUAGGACGUAUGCUGCAACAGCCUCUGAGAUCCAUCAUCAUCAAUUUCAG